UGACGUUCCCUGGUGACUUUUCAAGAGCGUCCAAACACGCAACUCAUAAGACGUCCCUUCACCGUAGUGGGAUUCGUAAACUCGCGCUCUGGACUCACUGGUUGAAAUCCAGCUGCUUGCACGAGACCAAGUCAGCUCUACACGCACAGCGCCCACAACAUGGCUGGGAAGAUCCAGACUCUUACUAUGGAGGAGAGGGAGCACCUCCUGCCCAUGAUGAGGAACGCUCAGUGGGUGGAGGUGGUGGGGAGGGAUGCCAUUUACAAAGAGUUCCUCUUCAAAGACUUCAACCAGGCUUUUGGAUUCAUGUCCAGAGUAGCAUUACAGGCUGAGAAAAUGGAUCAUCACCCUGAAUGGUUUAAUGUGUAUAAUAAGGUUCAGAUCACCCUCAGUACUCAUGAAUGUGGAGGACUCUCACAACGGGACAUCACCCUCGCAACUUUCAUAGAUCAGGCCUCUGUCCUCUGAAUAGACCCUCUCACUUGAAAAACUUGUCAGUCAACCUCUGUAGCCUGUAAAACUGGACCAAAAAUAUUGUGAAACUUCCUUUACUACAGGCUUGACUGUGUAGCCUGCCUGUUAAGCCUGAUAUUUUCCCAAAAAGUAUUAAUGGAACAAUAUUUUUUUUUUUUAUUAUUUUACAUUCACAAUACAUUAAUGCACUACAGAUCAGAGAUGAGAACUGCUAGGACACUAAAGAGACCGGUUAAGCCAUAUUAUGCCUUACUGUGUUUUAUGGCUUAUAGUCCUUUUUUAAAAGUAAAUAUAUGGUGCCUUUAAUUUCAUUUGAUGUGACCCAACGAUGACAUGGUUAGAGCCUCAGUGAAUUGUAUUAAGACUCAAUAUUUACUAACUUUGGCACUGUGAAACAAUUCAUCAUCUGUCAAAGCA